AUGCAAUGUCUUGCUGAGAAGUCUGAGCCCGAUGAUCCAUGUGUUUCUUCACCAGGAUAUCGGCCCGUUGAUUUUGAGAAAACAAGGAAGGCCAGAGAGGCUCUCGAGAACGCACCGACCGUUGUGCUUGGGCACACUCUCGUCUUUGCAAUGCCCAAACCCCUCCAUUGGGAGUCUUUGGUGGACGGGAUGAAGUUCAAGAUAAAACGAGAAUACCUCUGUCAGAAGUACGGGGACCUCUGCUUCGUGUUUGAGGAAGACCCCCAGACUACACGCAACCGAAUUGGGAGGAUCUUCGUUCGCCAGGGCCAGUACUACACCGAUUUCGAGGCAUAG